UUUUGCUUCAUCGUUUUCCUCUACCUCUUUAAAGUUUGUUUUUUUUUCUUUUUCAAAUCUUAUCAUCAACUUUUUUUUACGUCUUUCUCUUUAGAUUCCCGGGAAAGAGAAGGAAAAAUGCGAGAAAAGUAAGCAUUUUUGUUUUUUUUUUCUAUUUUUUCUUACACCUUCCAGCUCAAGUUUGGUAGUAAGUCUAAGCAGACAUUUAAUCCCAAAAAAAGUUUGAUCUUUUAUGCUACUUCGAGAAGCAGAGAGUCUUUUGACUUUAAUUUCUUCUGAGUUUUCGAAAAACCCAUUUCAAAAAAGUUAGUUGCGUCAAAGGGGGAGAUUAAGGAUUGGCUUAUUGAUUCUCGUGUCAUUUAUUUCAACCCAAGAUCAUCAUCAAUUCCAUCUGCUCACCUAACUCGGCGACGACAUUCUUCGAGUUGAAAGCAAGCAAAACCCUAAAAGCAGUCUUCUUCGAAGCUGAUGAGGUCGACAGGUGAUGUACACGAAGCAGCAGAUGGCAGAUCAGAUGCAGGUUCUUCGAGAAGCGAAGAAGAAACGGGUCUCAAGGAGAAACACUCAACAAAUUCGCGAGCUGGGUCUCAAAGAUCUGGGGAAAACGAGGAGCUUCGAGAGCCAAACUAUGGAUCAGAUUCUUCGUCUAAGAACAACCCAAUUGAGUAUACAGAGCAAGAACGAGCUGAGCUUCUAAGAAGGUUAGAUUCAAUCAAAGAUCAUCUCCUUCGUGGUAAUACGGUUGAUAAACCAAAAGACUCAGAUCAGAAUCAGCCAUCGCUCAGACCAAUCCAUCUCCAUGGACCUUCCUAUUACCAUCCAUAUCCAGAGCCGUUUCCUUACCCUGGACAGGCUCACGGAAUGUAUCCUCAAGGUUAUCAUCAUCAAGAUCCUUAUGGGUUCCAUAGAAGACCACCUCCGGUUCCAAAUCCAAACUGGUAUCCUCCUCCUGGUCAUUACCCUAAUCAGAUGCCUCGUCCAUAUCCUGGAGGUCAAUACGUUGAUAUUGGUGCUGAUAUAGUCGAGCCACAUUCAUACUUCCCGGCUACGCCGAGUAGGUACGGCGAUAUGCCUCCGUACAGCCCUGUUUCUUCUCACCAUCGCGGCGGAGAGAAACUCGCAGCACCUUACAGUCCACCUGUUAACAUCUAUAACAACAGUCCGAGUUUCCCUUCUUCCAUGAGCUCUCCGGGUCCUCGAGGCGGUUACGCGAGGUGGCCGAGUGAUCUUGACUCUGAGAUGGGCGGCGCUUUUGCUCGCGGGUAUGUUAAGAAAGCUGUUUCCGAUAGUGAUGCUCGUCGUUGCCAUCCUCUUGCUGGUGGUGCUCCUUUUAUAGCUUGCCAUAGUUGCUUCGAGCUGCUUUACUUGCCUAAGAAGAAGCUUUUGGCUCAGGAAAGGCAGCAUAAGCUUCAAUGUGGUGCUUGCUCUCAAGUUAUCAGUUUCACGAUCGUCGACAAGAAGCUCGUUUUCUCUUCUGGUAACGAGGAAACAGAACCGGUCUUUUCAGAGGUUGAAGAUAGAAGAAGCCCAACAAACAACACAGUGGUGGUAGAGGAACUCUCUUCUGUUGAUUUCAACAACUCAGGGAAGGAUGAAGAAGAAGCAAUACAAGAAUCAAGGAAUCACCGGGACACUAGGCAGAGCAUCCGGUCUGAAUCUCAACACUCAGAUGAUGAAGAAAGAUCGAGCAUUUCUAGUGAACGACAAGAGAAAGAGGUCAAAUCUGUUCGCCGGCGAGGUAAAGGCUCAAAAGCUCCGGAGCCCGCUGCUCCCGAGAGUGCCAGUCUCCUUGAGCUAUUUGAGUAUUCAAACGUAAACCGAGCUGCGCUCGCUUACGGAAUGGCAGAGUUAGGUUUUAUCAAGCCGGAUAAGCAAGAGUCUUUCAUGAAACAUGACUCGGUGAAGCCGGAAUCAGUAGCUACAGAGACAGAGGUUUCUUACAACGGGUACUCUAACACGGAGAUCUCUGAAGAUUCAAGGUACUCAAAUGGAAGAGAAGACAGCAACAACAGACCAAGAAGCCGAAAAGGUAGCGAGUCUGGUGGUUCCACGGAGAUCACAACGAGGUCCUCAACAGAAGAUCAAGGGAGGUCAUUUGAAGUUUGGGUUAAUGGACAUCUUAUACCGGAAGAUCUAGUGAGCAGUGCUGAGAAACUAGCUGGACCAAUCCAAGCUGGAAAGUAUUGGUAUGACUACAGAGCUGGGUUCUGGGGCGCAAUGGGCAAACCGUGUCUCGGUGUAAUACCACCAUUUAUAGAAGAGUUUAGCCAUCCAAUGCCUGAUAGCUGCGCUGCAGGAAACACAGAAGUGUAUGUGAAUGGAAGAGAGCUUCACAAGAGAGAUUACGAGUUACUCGUGGGUCGUGGUCUUCCUCGUGACAAGAACCGUUCUUACAUCCUUGAUAUAUCCGGGAGAAUCCUCGAUGGAGAUUCAGGGGAAGAACUUAAAAGCCUUGGCAAAUUAGCCCCAACGAUCGAGAAGGUGAAGCAUGGAUUUGGUAUGAGGGUUCCAAGAUCGUUAGCUUCAUGAGAGCUCCCACAAGUAACAACACAACCACAUGAUUCUACCUCUUUGGUUCCAGUCUUAUUAUUUAUUUGUUACUUUAAAUGUAAAGUGUGUGGUUUUUAACUUUUUUACUCAUGACCAUGGGUUAUAUUUUUUUUAUUUUUUCUCACAUGGGUUAGAUUUCUGAUUUAAGAUUUUUGUUUUCGUGGUCCUCUCUCAGUAAGACACAUAGACGGAUAGACCCUAUUUUUAAUUUACCUUGCAUGGUUGAAUUGUUGGGAUGGGUUUGUUUAGAGCGACCAUAACUGGUUGGGAUGAUAUUGAUUGUAUACGAACCGGGUUAUGCCGGUAUAAAGUUUGUAAUGUUUCUUCUUUUUCCGGUUCCAAUCUGACCAAACUGGUUUGGGAUUCUUCUCAUCGAGUUGUAUAUGGGCCCAAUAUCAAUAUCAAACAAGAUAGAAACUCUGUUUUUAA